AUGUCGAUGAACGACAACGCCCAGAACACUCCCAACUCGGCGUCCCAGCGUGAGGCCAGACAACCCGAGUACGAUUCGUCAAGGUGCCAAAACGACAUUGAGGAGUUUAAACUGCCAUCAAUCCGUCAGGCGUUCCCACAAAUCCAAUUUGAUUUAAACGCCAGGGCGCCUGAGGGCACUACUUCUCCUUAUUACACGCAUACCCCAAGCCCGAAGAAGCGCGGGCGAACUUCGGUCGAUCAAAUCCCACGACCUUACGCAAGUCCUGAAAUAGAUGGUCAGAUGCUGUUCAGCAGCAACAGCCCGUUUUGCGGAAGUUACCACCCUUCCCGCAGCCAGUCACUCUCACUUCGGCCUACACAGUCAUUCGACCGGACCCCAUUUUCUCCUGCAACAUACGUCUCACAAUAUCAGGACUACAUGCGCGGCGGCGGCGAGAUGGGACCAGUGGGUUCGAAUGGAAGCGGCCCCAAUAAGCAGCGGAAACGACGCGGAAACUUGCCCAAGGAAGCGACGGACAAGCUCCGGGCUUGGGUUUUGGCCCACCUGCACCACCCGUACCCAAGCGAGGAGGAAAAACGGGAGCUGGCACGUCAGACGAGGCUGCGGAUGAACCAAAUAUCCAACUGGUUGAUCAAUGCCCGCCGCCGUGACCCUGCCAUAAGACGAAAUGCACGCGCCGGGUCGGACGACACGACGCGUAAAAGCGCUCCCUUGAGCGACGGCGAAGGCAGCGCAUACGACGACGACCUUGACGGUCUCAAGCGCCUCCGUACGGCCAGCAUAAAUCGCGGCAGCAUCUAA